CGUGCAUCUAUGCACUCUGUCGCAAUUCAAAGUGAUGUUUGCCGUGGCCCGUGUAAACACUGGCGGACAGACGAAGUUGUAAUGCGACAUCUGGGCACACUGAAUCUCAUUGUUCCAUUUCGCUACUUUUAUCCAGGAAAAUCUCAUUUCGAAAAUGGCGCACCGGGGAAUAAAUUACGUGACAGUUAUAACAAUUCUGCUUUCUGCCGGCUACUGUGAGGCUGCAUUCAGGAACUUGGAAUCUCUUAAAACUCCGAUAAAUAUUGGUGCCAUAUUACCGCCGAACACGAUAACAGAGGUGGCAUUCGCCUCCGCCCUAGCCCGCGCUUCCAUGGAGAGUGAACACUACCUGUUCGUGAUGAAAGUGGAAUACGUACCGUUUGAGGACAGUUUCGCUGCGGCUAAAGCUGCCUGCAAGCUAAUAUCGACGGGAGUGAUCGCAAUCUUCGGCCCCACGGACGCCACUUCAGCGUCCGUUGUGGAGGCGCAGUGCCGGGCUGCUAGGAUUCCUCACAUUCAGGCUGUGUGGCGUCCGCCACCUAUUCGAGGUUAUCAGCAGCCAACGCCACCCGGCAUCAACUUGUACCCAGAAGCAGUGGCUCUCUCGAAGGCCGUCGCGCAUUUUAUCAAGGACAGUGACUGGAAUUCCUAUACGUUGCUUUACGACGAUGAUUACGGUCUAAUAAGGUUCCAAGAGAUCCUCAAAUAUGCGGACCCGGAGCACAAAUGGUCCGCCAGGAGGCUUGUUCCAGGCGAAGAUAACCGCCCCUUGCUGAAGUCUCUGAAGUUGGCCGGUGAGAGCCGGGUCGUUUUAGACUGCCCUCCUCAUAGGGUGAUGGAUUAUCUGCGCCAGGCGAACGAGGUGCAGUUCUUUGAAGACUAUAUGAGCUACGUUCUCAUGUCACUAGAUGCACACACGCUGGAUCUAGAAGAACUGCGUUACGGUUUGUCAAACGUGACUUGCCUACGGAUAUUCGCUCACGAGGACUCAAGGACGCGCUCGUAUUUAGCCGAUUGGAAAGUUCGGGCCUCCCCCGAAGUGAAGAUACCGAAGGAUACACAGGACAUUACUGUUGAAGUGGCACUAGCCAGCGACGCAGCAAGACUAAUCACGGAUGCAGUGGAAAGCGCUCCAGAGGAAUUUAAAGUUGAGGCUCAGGAACUUGAAUGCAACUCCGAAAGUCAGUGGGAGAUAGGGGAGGAAUUCAUCAAUCACAUAUUAACGAACCCAAUAGUAGGGAUAACAGACCAGAUAAUGUUAGACAAUACAACGGGCGAGCGUAUAAAUUUCAACGUGGAAAUCAUGGAAUUAUCGAACAGCGGUUUCAACAGUAUUGCAAAAUGGAAUCCAGACACCGGUUUUGUAUACGUGCGGUCACAAGACGAAGUUUCCGAUCUGCUUGCGGAAAAAUGGCAAAAUAAAACUUUUCGGGUCGUGUCCCGGAUUGGAGCCCCCUAUCUUGUAGAAAGAGUGCCUGAAGAGGGAGAAGAACUAACAGGAAACGACCGUUACGAAGGUUAUUCAAAAGACUUGAUACAUGAAAUCCUUAAAGAGACACUCCAUUUAAAUUAUGUCAUUGAGAUCGUGCCAGGAAAUUUAUACGGCUCCUACCAUAAAGAUACAAGGAAAUGGGACGGGCUCGUCGGCCAUCUUUUAGAAAGGAAAGCCGACUUAGCAAUAUGCGACCUAACGAUUACCUACGAGCGGCGGUCAGCAGUAGAUUUUACCACUCCCUUCAUGACCCUGGGCAUCAGCAUUUUGUAUUCCAAGCCUAUUCCUCCGCCGCCAGAACUCUUCGGCUUUCUGAAGCCGUUCUCAGUUGAUGUCUGGAUUUAUAUGGCUGCUUCUUUCCUUAUGGUGUCUCUGCUGUUACAUAUUUUAGCAAGGCUAGCACCAAAUGAUUGGGAAAAUCCACAUCCGUGUGACAAAUCUCCCGAAGAGCUGGAAAAUAUAUGGCAUAUUAAAAACUCCGCUUGGCUCACCAUGGGGUCUAUUAUGACUCAAGGCUCCGACAUUUUGCCAAAGGGCUACUCCACCCGCUGGGUAUGCGGCAUGUGGUGGUUCUUCGCCCUCAUCAUGUGUUCGUCAUACACAGCUAACUUGGCUGCGUUCUUGACCAAUGCCGCUAUGGACGACUCCAUAAAGAGCGCAGAAGACUUGGCGGCACAGUCUAAGAUCAAAUAUGGGACGGUUAAUGGGGGUUCUACGUAUUCGUUCUUCAAGCGAUCCAACUUUUCUACAUAUGCAAAAAUGUGGACAGCAAUGGAAUCCGCUAGACCAUCGGUUUUUGUAUUGAAUAACGAUGUAGGUGUCGAAAGGGUGGUUAAAGGCAAAAGGGAGUAUGCAUUUCUGAUGGAGUCCACGGCCAUCGAAUACCAGUUGGAGCGAAAUUGCGAAUUGAUGCAAGUGGGCGGACUGCUCGACUCCAAGGGAUAUGGUAUCGCUAUGCCUUUUUUCUCCUCCUACCGCACUGCUGUAGACAACGCUGUUUUGAAAUUAGCAGAAAGUGGGAGACUAGUAGAACUUAAGAAUCGAUGGUGGAAAGCACCGGAGGAAAACGCGUGUGUUUCAGAGGAAGCAGGCGAAGAAGGGGCAAGCGCAGCAGAACUGGGAGUGGACAACGUUGGAGGAGUGUUCAUAGUAUUGGGCGUUGGAUGCGGAAUAGCAGCUGCCAUGGGGAUAUUCGAGUUCCUGUGGCAUGUGAAAGAUGUCGCCAUUGAACAAAAGAUGUCGCGCACCGAAGCAUUCUGGGCGGAGCUGAUAUUCGCGCUCAGUUUCUGGGAGACGGAGAAGCCCGUGGCUCACUCGCGGCCAUCUUCCUCGGCGUCCGGCUCGGGCAGCGACGACCGCUCCCGCGCCUCCUCUGUGCUGCGCUCGGCUGCUGACUUGUUCCGUUUGGACCUGAUGUUCGCGCUCAGUUUCUGGGAGACGGAGAAGCCCGUGGCUCACUCGCGGCCAUCUUCCUCGGCGUCCGGCUCGGGCAGCGACGACCGCUCCCGCGCCUCCUCCGUGCUGCGCUCGGCUGCUGACUUGUUCCGUUUGGACGUUUUCAAAUCCUUGGCACUCUCGAUGUUGUUGCUACGGCGGUUGUUGCUCAUGAACGUGGACAUGUUGGCGGUGUACGAGGCUGUUACUAUCAUGGCAAAGAACCACCAGAUUAGUAAAACAAGAGACGUAAUAAUGUACACCACAGCGAGAUACAGCCAGACGUCAGUGGACAGCGGGUUGACGAAAGAGAACAUGUCUGGAUCAGGAGGAGGGUCCACUUUGAACAGCAUGCUGAUGCCCAAGCUCAUGAACGGAAUUGAAAAGUCCACCACACAGUUCCGCUCUGAUGUUAUAGUCAAGGUGGUAAUUUUCCAUAACUUUUUGGUGCGUGAGAGUGACAAGUUGACAACAUCAAAAAUGUGGACUAGGACGCUACUAUUUUAUAUAUUCAUACAAACAUGCUGGUGUCAGAUACGGCGUAUACAUAUAGAAGAAAAAUCACAAUUAAAUAUAGUGGGUAUCUUCGAAUCUGGUGCCGGAGUGGUGAUGGGCGCCUUCGAGGAAAGUAUGACCAAUGCCGUUAGUGACGGCAACCGGCGCUUUGAGCCGGUCAUCAUCAAGCCCACAGCUACUGAUAGCUACUCCGUGUUAAAUGAUCUGUGUACAGACGAAACAGUAAGAACUAUAGCCGUGCUUGGACCAAAAAAUUUGACAUCAGACGCAGGCGUCCUCAACCAUUGUUCUAAAUUGAACAUACCGUACCUGCAAGCAACAUGGCAGCCUUACGAUCCCGACUUAGAAGAAGAAGAUAUAAAUACAGAAGAUGGCGAUGACAAUGAAGAAGAUGAAAAUGAAGAAAAGGAAUAUGAAUAUAAAAAUAUUGCAAUUAAUUUUUACCCCGAUACAAAUGAAUUGGCGAAUGCGUAUGCGGAUGUUUUAAAGUUUUAUAACUGGGAAAGUUUCAUAGUUCUUUAUGAAGAUGAUUACGGAUUAUCAAGAGUUCAAAAAAUCAUUGCGAAUUAUUCUUCUAAUUAUUAUAUCAUAUUUAGGAAAUUGGACCCAGAAUCUAAAAACUAUGAGAUAUUUAAAGAAUUGAGUAAAAUGCAGGAAAGUCGUAUUAUACUAGAUUGUAAUGUGGAUAAUAUAAUGAAGUAUAUAGAAGUUGCUGCCGAACUAAAUAUGCUUAACUCCUAUCAGUUUGUAUUUUUUCAGCAUUAUACAUUAACAUCGAUGGACACAUCACGUGUAGCGGAUCAAUUAACCACAUACGCUUCGAAUUUUACUUGGCUCAGUCUUGCAGAGUAUGAGAAAAUAAGUAGCGGACAAGGCCCCUUGAAUGCAAGAGUUAGCCGUUGGAAUAAUGGUAUCUCGCUACCCGUUGCCAAAUUCCCGACUGAUGCUUUAUUAAUGGAUGACGUUGCAAGACACGUCUUGGAGGCGGCAGAAAAAUCGGAUAUUCCGCCCGAGUCUCAAGGAAGACUGUGCGGCAGUAGAAAAUGGAAAUACGGAGCUAAACUACAGGAACACAUACUAAAGACAACAACUACAGGGGUCACUGGAACAAUAUCAUUUGAUCCAACGACAGGGCGGAGAAAAGAUUACACAUUAUAUCUAAACGAAAUACACCAAAAACAUUUGCAUACAAUGGCCACGUGGAAAUCUGAGCAACAGGAGUUUGUCAGCGACGAAAAGGCUAUCGAAAUACUGGGUAAUCAGUCAAAUACUCAUCAUUUCAAAGUUAUGUCCCGACCAGCUGAACCAUAUAUUGCUGUAAAGAAGUGCUACAUUGAUGGUAAACCGGGCCCCGAUUGCGAAGAAGAUGAUGAUGGAAUUCCAUAUGAAGGAUUCUCGGUAGAUUUGGUCAAACAUAUAUUUCAAGUGCUUAAAGAUGAGUAUCCUGGAUUCACCUUUGAAUUCGUAUAUGCUCCGAAUAUCACUUAUGGAAAAUAUGACACCGUUCAAAAGAAGUGGGAUGGACUGAUUGGAAAAUUACUAGAUAAACAAACCGAUUUAGUCGUAUGUGAUUUGACAAUGACCGAAGCUAGAAAGAAACUCAUAGAUUUCUCGGUACCGAUCAUGACUGUGGGCAUUAGCAUUCUCUUCACAAAGGAUAACAAGGUCCCGAUCGACACGUUAUCGUUCCUCAAACCUUACUCUGUGGAAAUGUGGAUCUACACUGGGACAGCUUACUGUAUUGUGUCUAUAGUACUCUUUGUUUGCUCAAGAAUAUCUCCAGCAGAUUGGGAAAAUCCGCAGCCGUGCGAAAAGGAGCCAGAAGAGCUGGAAAACAUCUGGAACUUCAAAAAUAGCACUUGGCUUACUAUGGGGUCUAUUAUGACUCAAGGAUGUGAUAUUUUACCUAAAGCUUUCGGGUCCCGUUGGGUCUGUGCCAUGUGGUGGUUUUUCGCCAUGAUUGUUUGUCAGACCUACAUUGCCCAGUUAGCCGCUUCACUGACGUCUGCCAUGGAAAACGCACCUAUUGAGGGCGUCGAAGACUUGGCCAAGCAGACAAAAGUUCUGUAUGGAGCCUUUGAGGCUGGUUCGACUAUAGAGUUCUUUAAGAAUUCGAAAGAUAAGAUGUACCGCAAGAUCUACGAGAAUAUGAUAGCAACACCAGGGGUACUCGUAGAAAGUAACGAGGUUGGGGAAAAACGCGUACUAGCAAGCAGAAACAAAUUCGCAUUCUUCAUGGAGUCUGCCAGCAUUGAGUACAAGAUGAAACGAAACUGCUUGUUGAAGAAAGUGGGGGGUGAACUGGAUUCUAAGGACUAUGGGAUUGGAAUGCCUGCAAAUUCGCCGCACAGAUCAAAAAUCAAUAGAGCCAUAUUAAAACUUAAAGAAAAUAAUAAAUUAAAUGAUAUAAGAGAGAAAUGGUGGAAUAAAGAAUUUGGCGCCAUAGACUGUAAAGAUGAUGUCGACCUGAACGACGUGGAAGGAGACUUAGAGCUGGAGAAUUUGGCUGGUGCUUUCUAUGUACUGAUUGGCGGACUUUUUAUCGCUCUUAUCAUAACCGCUGCCGAGUUCAUGAACGAAGUCCAGAACAUAGUCGUUGCUCGACGGCGUGAAGUAACCUAUAAGGAAGCAUUUAUGGCAGAGCUGAAGGCGUCCCUAAACUUCUUCCAACUGCAGAAGCCGGUGAUGUGUAGCCGCGCGCCCUCUAUCGACUCACGCCGGUCGUCACAAAAAUCGCUGAAGUCGCAAAAAUCGAAUCGGUCGAAUGUUCGAGCGCAGUUUCUUAGCAACUUUCUUGAAUUUGAAAAGGGACCGCAGUAAAAAUAAACUAUAAUAAAUUUUCCUUUUGCCUACCUAGUGAAACUAGUUAUAAGAAGGGCCCGUAACUUUCAUGCCGAUGACAUCAAUUUGACGUCACGCUGGAUAUAGGAUGAUUCAAAUGGCUUUAUUGUAAUAAUUAAUCAUUAUUCAUUAAUCAAUUUAAUCAUGUACAAAUGAC